AUGCUUUGGAAAGAGACUUUUGGAGACUCGUUAUCGCUUGCAAACUACUUCCUGGCAGGAUUCAUUGUAUUCAUUUACCUGCCAAUCGUCUUGCUGGCGAUGCUGUACUCCAACAUUCUUUUCAAACUGAGAUCACAAGUGCAUCCAGGUGAGCAUUCGACCAACGCCGAGGAACAACGCACGAGAAGAAACGAAAGCGUGCUAAAGAUGGCCAUUGCUAUUGUUUUAGGUUUUGCGAUAUGCUGGGUGCCUUGGACUGUCACUUUGUUGCUUCUUAUGUUUGCAUGGAACUUUUCAGUUCCUUGUAGCGCAGUAGACUACGUGACAUUCACAAUGUUUUUAGCUUACACAAAUUAUGUUAUAAAUCCUCUUAUCUGCUUCACUUUCAGUAGCAACUAUCGUCAAGGUCUGAAAAGACUCAUCCAUUGUUUUAGCAGUGCUGCAGUGUUUCCAGCGUAA